UUGCGAUUAAAAAACGUGCGCCGGCUUAUUUCGCGUAAACACUCGCAAUUUGUUUGAUUUCCAAGCUUUUCAUUAAAUAUUAGCGACAUUUAAUGAGCCCUAGAAGUAUUCCACCGCUGACCUAUAAGGUCGUGGCGGAAUGUUCUACCACCAAGGCCAGAGCGGGUCUGAUGACCCUCAGGCACAGCGAGGUAAAUACUCCGGUGUUCAUGCCCGUGGGUACUCAGGGGACUCUGAAGGGUAUCCUGCCAGAUCAGUUGAUAGAGCUUAACUGCCAAAUCUUGCUGGGCAACACUUACCACCUGGGGUUGCGGCCUGGGAUUGAAACGCUAAAGCUAGCCGGUGGUCUUCACAAAUUCAUGGGCUGGCCGAGGGCUAUUUUAACAGACUCUGGUGGUUUCCAGAUGGUCUCCCUGCUGCAGCUGGCCGAGAUCGAUGAGCACGGUGUCAACUUCCGAUCGCCCUUUGACAACAGCCAAUGCAUGCUAACGCCAGAGCAUUCCAUCCAAAUCCAAAAUGCCAUUGGCGCCGACAUUAUGAUGCAGCUGGAUGACGUGGUGAAGACAACAACCACAGGUCCCAGGGUAGAGGAAGCCAUGGAACGAACCAUACGCUGGGUGGAUCGAUGCAUCGAGGCGCAUGCUCGUGAUGACGACCAGUCGCUGUUCCCCAUUGUCCAGGGCGGCUUGGAGGUGCCGCUUCGGCAGCGUUGCGUGUCCGCUCUGAUGGAGCGCCAGGUGCGCGGCUUCGCUGUUGGUGGAUUAAGUGGCGGCGAGAGCAAACACGACUUCUGGCGGAUGGUGGAUGUGUGCACCGGUUACCUACCCAGGGAUAAGCCCCGGUACUUAAUGGGCGUCGGAUUUGCAGCGGACUUGGUGGUGUGUGUAGCCCUUGGAAUCGAUAUGUUCGACUGUGUGUUUCCCACGCGGACAGCUCGCUUUGGCUGUGCCUUGGUAGACAGUGGACAACUGAACCUCAAGCAGCCCAAGUACAAAAUGGACAUGGAACCCAUUGACAAGGACUGUGAGUGCAGCACCUGCAAGCGGUAUACACGCUCGUAUCUACACCACAUAGCAACCAACGAGAGUGUUUCCUGCUCCUUGUUAAGCAUCCACAAUGUCGCCUAUCAGCUGCGAUUGAUGAGAAGCAUGCGGGAGGCAAUCCAGAAGGACGAGUUCCCACACUUUGUCAGGGAAUUCAUGAAGAGACACUUUAAGUCCGAUCCCAUACCCGCUUGGAUACGAGAAGCCCUGGUAGCGGUUAAUAUUCAAUUGCCAGCAGAUCCUGAGAAGGCAGUUGCACCGGAGGAGACGCCAAAGACAGAAAGGAAGCAGCAGCCGGAAAAAAAUAUGAGCCAACAGGCAGCCACUAGUUAAUAUCACCACCACAGACCUUAAUUUUUGGAUAUAGUGUUGGUUUUAUUAGCAUUAAUAUUUACCAACAACAUGGCUAUUCGUUUAAUUAAACAAUCAUUUAGUUAUAUAUGUAAGACUUGUAUUAAAAUGACAAAAAUCAUGUA